CGGAGACGAACUACCGGGACCGCAUCGAGGCGGACAUCCAGCCCUUCCGGGGCCUGCUCCUGGGCCUCUUCUUCGUGACCACCGGCGCGGCCGUCGACGUCGCGCAGGUCGCGCAGGAGCUGCCGACGGCCGCGGCGCUCCUCGUCGGGCUCCUCUCGAUCAAGACGCUCGUGGUCUUCGCCUUCGGGACGCUCGCCGUGGGCCUCGACCGCCGCGACGCCGUGCGGGCCGCGCUGCUCCUCGCGGGCGGCGGCGAGUUCGCGUUCGUCGUUUUAACGCUCGCGGCGCGCCUCGACGUGCUCCCGCCGGACCUCGCGCGGUUGGACACGGCCGUCGUCGUGCUGUCCAUGGCGCUGACGCCCGCGCUCGGGUCCCUCGGCGACGCCAUCGCGGACCGGUGGGCGCGCGACGACGCCGCGGACGCGGGCGUCGAGGUCGCGCGCCCGGACGCGACGACGCUGGCGGCCGCGCCCGACCGGCUUCCCGGCCCGCGGCGCGUCGUCGCGAUCCGGGGCUUCGGCCCCGAGGGCAUGACCGUCGCGGCCGUCCUCGCCGAGGCGGCGGCCGACCUGGGAGUGGUCGCGUUCGACGAGCACGUGCCGACGGUCGCCGAGGCGCGCGCGCGCGGGCUGCCCGUGGCCUACGGCGCCCUCACGCCGACGCUCGUGGCGAGCGUGCUCGCCGGCGACGAGGCGCUGGACGCCGUGCUCGUGCCCGCGGCGUCGGCGGCCGAGGUCGAGCGGCUGCGGAAGCAGUUCCCGGACGCGCCGCUCCUCGCGUCCGCGGCGUCCUACGACGCGGAGACGCCGCCGCUCGAGGCGCUGGCGGCGGCGGAGGUCGCGCGCCACGGCCUGAGCGACGCGGGCGCGGACGUGGUCGUCGGCUGCGAGGUCGAGCCGCAGCUGCGGCUGGCCGCCGCGUUCCUCGCU